AUGUCACCAGUCGAGGCAAUAAUGGUCCCUUUUUUAUCAGGAGAUCCGGCUCCUGAAAAUGUCAUCCUGGAAUCAAAAGUCCCAUAUAUCGAUCGUAUUCCUCCUCAUGAGCAACUCUCCAAGAUCAUUCAGCUCACGAAUGAUCUUGGAGACUGUCACUUGGUCCAUUUUCCAGGGGUUGGCUAUUUUACACCUAGUGCCAUCCGCAUGUCGAUCCAGGUUGAUUCCACAAGAACAUUUACUGAAACCCUCCAGAGUGUGGCGAGAUGGAUUGAGCUCACCGUCCGCCAACUGGACGCUGACUUUACUGCGUGGUUCUUGAAUAUAAUUAUGGAGCACAAACCAUAUCAGAAGGUGUUCUCCCCUUCCUUCUUCCCUCAAUCGCAUAUCAGUCUCAAGUCUGUCCUAUCAGUUGCUAAGGAAGAAUGGCUUGAUGACGAGGUGGUUAGUGGUAUUCAGGCGUUCUUCGAUCGCUCCUAUGGACAGGGUGGCCAGUACUUAUUUGCGCCUUCUUCAUAUAUAUGGCCUAAUUCUAAGGUCUCGGGACGCGAGAAGGAGCAAACCAGGGGUGGACGCGCCAAAAAGCUGUUCGCGAUUGCUUAUAUGGGACAACACUGGGGCGUUGUAUGCCUUGACCUCAAGAAGUAUCAGGUCCUCUUUGGUGACUCCAUUGGCUGGCCUGUACCACAUGAAGCAAUCGACGCUUUAGUGAAGUGGAUGGACCCGCCUGCCGAGGACCUUCCCAAGUGGAGGAAAGCCAGCAAGAAUGUCCUGCCUUUCUUGACCCCAAAGCAGCAGGACAGCGGAUCCUGUGGCAUACUAGCCGCUAUGGCCAUCGAGCAACAUGUCAAUCCAUACGUCGACUGGUCAGCCCAUGCCUUCGCUUUGAAUCAUCGGGUCCGGUUCUUGCGUCUAUUAACGGGCUAUACUUCGAUGGAGGAUGAUGACCUCGUCCGUGCCUUCAAGAAGUAUGUGAAAGACGAUACGCAACACCCAACACCAGAGGAGGACAUGGCAGACUAUCUUCAUGAUCUCUUCAAGUUUAGUCAUCCUGACGGCCUCACAGUCAAAGGGAACGCGAAAGUGGCUGUCCAGGACGAGGCGAAGGUCGACCCUCAAGACAAAGCAAAGAUCGCGGUGAAGGACAAGCCAAAGCUCGUGGUCAAGGACAAUACGAGGGCUCCGGUGGAGGACAAUGCGAGGAUUGUGGUACAGCAUAAGACAGACAUCAUCUUCGACAAAGACAGCGAUGUGGAUUAG